CAGGUUUCACAAGACAGAAGCCGGCAAGAAACAAAAACAACCCCACAAGUCAAAGAACCAACAAGCUGGUUACUGUCUCUUACUGCUCUGUGCCAUGAGGUCAUCUCCCCUCCUCCUUCUCCUCCUCCUCCAUCUCCUCUCCUUCCUUGUUGGUGUGUGUGAUGCACAGGGGGGUUCAGAUUUUAGAAUCUGUGCCUUUAACGUCCAAAACUUCGGGGAAUCCAAGGCCAAGAAGGAUGAUGUCAUGAAAACUCUUGUCAGGAUCAUCACUCGCUGUGAUGUGUGUUUGCUUCAGGAAGUGAGAGACAGCAAACAAAAAGCUUUACCACAGCUGGUUACGAACCUUAACAGUUACGACAUUCGACAUGAGUAUAAAGCUGUGGCCAGUGAGAGACUGGGCAGGUCUGACACAUACCAGGAGCAGUAUGUGUUUGUUUACAGGAGUGAUACAGUGACAGUCACAGGCCAGUAUCAGUACCCUGAUAAUCUACCGGGGGAUGUGGAUGCUUUCUCCAGAGAGCCAUUUGUCGUCCGCUUCAAAGCCCCAAAGACAGCCAUAAAGGAGUUUACCCUCAUACCUCAGCACACCACUCCAACCAACGCCACUAAGGAGCUUGAUGCACUGUAUGACGUUUUGCAACAUGUGAGGAAAAUGUGGAAAACUGAGAAUGUAAUGCUUCUCGGGGACUUCAAUGCCGACUGCAGCUACCUCGCUAAGAAGAACAGGAAGAAUGUGCGCCUGAUAACAGAGGAGAACCUCUUUUGGCUCAUUCCAGAAGAGACUGACACCACUGUGCGAUCGACCACCACCUGCACCUACGACAGGAUUGUCGUGCACGGGAAAACGUUUGCCAGCGCAGUUGUGCCUUCUUCAGCCAAAUCAUUUAACUUCCAAGUGGAAUACCGACUCACAGAGGAGCAGGCGCUGGAAGUCAGUGACCAUUACCCAGUGGAAGUCCUUCUGAGGGACACUGCAUCCAAAGUCUCCUUCAGCCUUCUCCUCAUCCUCCUCCCCUUUACAUUCACCUGCAGCUGAGACAACAUGCAGUGUGUGUAUGUGUGUGUGGUGGUACAUCCUUAACAUUAUCUGAAAUUACCUUUUCU